CGAGAGUGUCGCACAUUGAGGGUUAUCAUCCAGACACAACUGAGUGCUACGCAGAGAGGGGGCGUGUCAGCUGUCAUUGACCACCUGACCCGGAAAAUGUGGGACUUAAUUCCUGUGUUAGACUGCUCUCAGCUGCUGAGCCUCUGCUCUUCGCAGUGCAAACCCUCCAUCUGCCCCAUCAAGACCCCCGACGCACGGGCGGACCCUCCUCAGCGCAUCAUGUCGGACCAAGCUUUUGUGACGCUGGCCACCAACGACAGCUACGCCAAAGGAGCGAUGGUUCUCGGCCAGUCAUUACGAAACUUUCACACAACAAAGAAACUUGUCGUCCUUGUAGGACCUCAUGUUGCAGAACCUAGCAGAGAUGCGCUGCGCUCCAUUUUCGAUGAGGUGUGUGUGGUAGAUGUUAUGGACUCCGGUGAUACGGCUCAUCUGUCCAUGAUGAAGCGUCCGGACCUGGGAGUGACCUUCACAAAGCUGCACUGCUGGACACUCACACAGUACAGCAAGUGUGUGUUCAUGGACGCAGACACACUGGUGCUGUCAAAUAUAGAUGAACUCUUUGAGAGGGAGGAGUUAUCUGCAGCGCCGGAUCCUGGUUGGCCAGACUGUUUCAACUCCGGGGUGUUCGUUUUCAGGCCGGCCAAUGAAACACACGAGAAGCUACUCACGUUCUGUGCUGAAAACGGCAGCUUCGACGGUGGAGAUCAGGGGGUUCUCAACAGUUUCUUUAACACUUGGGCGACGGCAGACAUAUCCAAACACCUCCCCUUCAUCUACAACCUCAGCAGUAUCGCCAUCUACUCCUAUCUGCCAGCUUUCAAACAGUACGGCCAUGAAGCCAAAGUGGUGCACUUCCUUGGCAAGGCAAAGCCGUGGAGCUACUCCUACGACGCUCAAAAGGGUGAAGUCAAAGGUCACUCCAUGUCCCCUGACCAGUGCCAUCUGCACCCGGACUACCUGCUCAUGUGGUGGCAGUUGUACACCAAAUCUGUGCUGCCUCUGCUGCAGCAGACCUACGGGGACACUCCCUUCGUCAGCGGCUUUGUGGAGGCGAAUGAAGAAGUUAAGCUUCACGAGGAAGUGAGAGAGCAUUCGGCGCCCUCCGCUCCUCCUCCUCCUCGUCCUCAGGUCUCGUCAGAGGAGAGGAAGAAGCGCUGGGAAGCGGGCCAGAUCGACUACUUGGGUGACGACUCCUUCGUCAACAUCGAGCGCAAACUUGACUCCUUCUUAAAGUAGCGGGGGAGGCGGGCGAGGGAGUGCGACAGACAGAGAGAGCGCCAGUUGAAGCUCUGUGUGGGUCGGGAAUUAACCACCGCUCAGCCAAUCACAGGGGCUUGAUUAGCAGGUGACUGAAUGAAUGCCUCUGUGCAACUUUGAGCCUCACUCUCUGCAUCUUGUCAGUGUGUGUAUGAAUUACAGAGAGUAUACUGUUCACUUUUCUCUUUAAAGGACCAGUGUGUGAGAUUUAAGGGGAUCUAUUGGCAGAAACGGAAUAUAAUAUUCAUAAGUAUGUUAU